AUGAGAGACUUGGUUGUUUUAUCGGGAUCCUCCCACCCAAAACUUACGGAAAGAAUCUGUAGAAAUUUAUCCAUCGAACAGGGCGAAGUGGAUUUGGCCAAAUUCAGCAACGGUGAAACCUCUGCCACAAUCAAAAAGUCGGUUCGCGAGAAGGAUGUCUUUAUUGUGCAGUCCGGCUGCGGCCACGUCAAUGAUAACUUCAUUGAGCUUUUAAUCAUGAUCUCUGCGUGCAAGACCUCUUCCGCCAGAAGAGUCACCGCAGUCUUGCCGUUGUUCCCAUACUCCCGCCAGCCAGACAUACCGUACACCAGGACUGGCGCACCACACCUUCCAUCUAUGGGUCCUAACCAGAUCUCAUUUGACACCGCGCCAACUACCCCGGGCUCCACCUCUAGAGAGUCGUCCAGACCUCCAUCCGACCCAAAGACGGAUGCUGCCGCCCCGAUCCACAGAGCCAUCGGCCAGUUACGAAAGGAAGACAUGCCUUCGGCCCCACCGUCGCCAACCCGCUCCAGAUCGUCCACCCGCAUCCCGGUAAUUCCAAUGUACCAGCCAACCUCCCUUGCCACCAACCUGUCUUCGCUCCUCGGCUCCUUCACGCCCUUGAACGCGGCUGGUAAGCAGGGCUACAAGCAGUGGAUCGCCCAGUCUGGCACCUUGAUCGCGAACUUAUUAACUACCGCCGGUGCCGACCACAUUAUCACCAUGGACUUGCACGACCCGCAGUUCCAGGGUUUCUUCGACAUUCCCGUGGAUAACUUGUACACCAGGCCGUUGAUGGCCCAGUACAUUAAGGAGUACAUCCCAGACUACCUUGAUGCGGUGGUUGUCUCGCCAGAUGCCGGUGGGGCCAAGCGUGCGAUCACUGUUGCGGACAAAUUGGGCUGUUCCUUUGCCUUGAUCCACAAGGAGAGAAGACAGAAGAUGACCGCCUCCUCGGACCCUAACCAUACGUCUGGUCCAUCCAGUGAUGCCUCCGUUGUAUCCUCUCCGCACCCCAACGUGGUGCUCACCGCAAAGCAGACGAUGGUGGCCACUACGAUGAUGGUCGGUGACGUCAAGGGCAAGGUGUGUGUGCUCAUUGACGAUUUAGUGGACACCUCUAGCACGAUUGUCAGAGCCGCCAAAUUGUUGAAGGACCAGGGUGCCAAAUACGUGUACGCGUUGGUCACCCACGGUGUGUUUUCCGGCGACGCCAUCGACAGAAUCAACAGUAGCUGCAUCGAUAAGUUGGUCGUAACCAAUUCUGCUCCACAGGAGGAGAACGUUGAGUUAUUAGGAGGCAAGGUGGAGGUUUUGGAUGUGUCCAGGGUCUUGGGCGAGGCCAUCAGAAGAAUCCACAACGGUGAAUCCGUCUCGAUGUUGUUUGACCAGGGGUGGUAG